ACGAGAGAGGCACAAAAUUGGACAGAGAAAGUGAAAAUAAGAAAUCUAGAGAGAGAGAGAGGGAACAGGCAUGGCGUCUCAGGCCACAAUUCAAAACAUUCGUGAAAACGCAGAGGUUUAUCAUGGCGAUGGCAAGUGCAAAGAGAAAUCGCUGGAACUCCUGCGAACCCUAAACCUUCCAGAGGGCCUCCUCCCCCUCGAAGAUUUGGCGGAGGUGGGAUACAACAAAGAGAAGGGCUUUGUUUGGCUGAAGCAACAGAAGAAGAAGGAGCACUAUUUCAAGAAGAUCGGACGGCUCGUGUCCUACGCCCCUGAGGUCUCUGCGUUUGUCGAGGACCGUCGGAUGAAGAAUCUCACUGGUGUCAAGAGCAAGGAGCUGCUCUUGUGGAUCUCCAUCUCUGAAAUUUACAUCGACGAUUCUGAUUCGUCUAAGAUAACGUUCAAGAGCUCGGCCGGGCUCUCCAGGACCUUUCCUGUGUCUGCGUUUGAGCUCGAGGGGAACAAGUGAGGGGUCAAUCGCUAGGUAAGGUUAUUGGGGGGUUUUGAGAAGAGGGGAGGGUUUAGAAUAAUUAAUUGGAAUAAAAAUAAUUACCUAUAACAAUGAUGUAAAACGGUGUUAUAAUUCUCUCUCACUCUCAAUAGAACGGCGCUUCUUUCUUUAA